AUGGCUACCCCUAGCGUUCUCACCUUUGAUGCCGAGGGUCGGGCUGUCGAUUUUGAUGUCUGGGUCGAUGAUCUGCAGCUUUUCCUAAAGUGCGAUAGGAAAGACGGUCUCUCACUGUUCGAUCUCACGUCUGGCGCCUCUCCUGCCCCUACUGCCGAUGCUGACAGCACUGUUCGCUCCCAGUGGGCUACCCGCGAUGCUGCUGCCCGUCUUGCUGUGCGUAGUCACUUGCCGUCCACUGAGCGCGCGCACUUUAGUCAGUACAAUAGUGCUAAGACCUUGUACGGCGCUGUAGUUGCACGCUACUCUUCCCCUGCCACUGCUGCCCUUAGCCACCUCAUGCUACCGUACCUGUUCCCUGACCUCGCCGCCUUUCCCACAGUCGCUGACCUCAUUACGCACCUUCGCACUAGUGACACCCGCUACUACGCUACGCUUCCUGUUGACUUCUGCGCCAAGAACCCCCCCCCCAUGUACAUCACCCUCUACUACAUAGUCACUCGGCUCCCUGACUCCCUUCGCUUAGUCAUAGACCACUUCCUCUCAGUUUUCCCCACCACACUCACCGUUGACCUCCUCGCGGAGCGCCUCCUGGCAGCAGAGAAGAGCAAAGUCGCUGUAGGAGCCUCUCGAGGUGACCCUCGUACCCCCUUCUUUGAGGGGUGCUCCCCCUCCCCACUUUUGCCCUCUGUUGCCACUGCUGCUGCCGUCAACUUCGUUGGCACCGAGUCGGUCGGUGCUGCGUCUGCCCCUAGCGCGAGACGCCGCACCGGCAAGGGCAAGAAGGGCAAGGGCGCUGGAGGGGCUGGCGGGGGCGGUGGAGUUGGCGGUGUGUCCUAG